UACACAUGCGAUCAUGUGUGCAGGGAUCUUGUUGAUGUCCUGCGUGAGAGAAUGUGGACGCUACGUUGUGCACAUACAGUGCCCCAACAUUCAUAUUAGGUUUCACGACGCACGUGCGACACGAGGCUUAUCAGCCGAAGGAAUAUCAGCCCAGUUCAAUCUCAAGAGGAGCAGGCGUUCUUCCCUUCCGUCCCUACUUCCUCAUGUCAGACCGCUCGAAAAUUGACCAGAAAGUCCUGCGGCCAGCCGCCUCACCCACCCAGCUACGGCGGGACCCGAAACGAGCGGCGUCCCCAUUCAACAAGAAGAGCGCCGACAUCAUCAUCCGGUCAGCAGAUUGGAUGAACUUCCACUGCCACAAGGCGGUGCUCACUCUAGCAUCGCCAGUAUUCGAAUGCAUGUUCCAUCCCCCGCAGCCGAUCGCAACCGGCGUAACAGACACCGAUUCAGCAAUAGGCGUAACAGACGUCGAUACAGCGACCGGCUUGCCGAUUAUCUGUGUCACAGAAAAUAGCACGGCGUUGGAUGGUCUUCUGCGUUUGUGUUAUCCUACGCAGAAUCCUGUCCUUCAAAGUGCGUCGGAGGUGAUAGAGUUGUUGGAAGCAGCACAGAAAUACCGAAUGGUUGAAGCGAUCCGGCACUUGGGCGAUGCGCUGAGCGAAUAUGUGGAGAAGUCUGCUUUGCAAGUCUACGCAGUUGCAUGUCGGUUCGGCAUGGAGGAGCUUGCAAGGAAGGCGGCUGCUAAGCUCAAAUCACAGGAGACGAUCACGCAGGUGCCAGAGAUGGAGCAUAUGUCCGCUGGUGCUCUCCAUCGACUUUUCCAGUUUCGCAAGCCGAAUGUGCAAGAUCCUGCUGACCGCUUCACAUUCUGUCGUCCGGCGUUAACUGAGACGCUCCAACUGGUAAAGACCACGACAGGUCCUGUCGCGGCAGAACCCUUCAUGCAUCCCUCCGCCGACAUCGUUGUGCUCUCUUCGGACGGGAUCCGAUUCCGCGUGUAUAGAAACAUCCUCGAACUUGCGUCUCCCGUCUUCGCAGAUAUGUUGAGGAAUUCUGGAGCUAGCGACGGUCAUCCCGAGCCGAGCACAGAGCUACCACUCGUCCGGGUCGCAGAGGAUGGCAGGACAGUGCAUGCGCUUUUGCAAUUGUGUUAUCCAAUGGAAGCCCCCGAUGUCGAAGGGUUCGAUGCCGCGCAUGCACUUCUUUCUGCCGUCAAGAAGUACGGGGUCACAUCCGCGUUAGCAUGGGCGAAGCGGUCGUGGGUGGAGCAGAUGAAAUCUGAUGCAUUGCGAGCUUGUUUACUCGCCAUGCAGAUGGGAUGGGAAGAUGAAACAGAGGAGGCGGUUCGGCUUCUGCCCACUAAGGACCACCAGUGGUUUCCGGAGAUGGAAAGUAUCCCAGCAUCGUACUACUUCAUGGCGUUGGAACGGCGGCGUAACCGUCCAAGAUCCCUUCCAAAUCUCUCAGUCACUAAUAUGAUCGUCACCGUGGUUGUAUUGAUGUUCAUUCUCGUGCUUUUCAGCCCGUCGACCCCAAAGCCGCAUUAGUGGGACACUGGUCUGUAAUCUGUAUCUGACAAUAUAUUAGGUGUGCCGCAUGUUCGUGGCAUUGUGCGCUUGGCUCUGGAUCACGAAACUUUUGAUACAUGAUGCAUGAUAUAUAAUAUAAAUAU